AUGUCUGAGCAAGGUGAAUUGUACCAGGAGACAGCAGAGGAAGCUGCAAAAGAGCAGGAGACUGCCAUCUCUGAAGCCAACCCAGACAACUGUGUUCUUAAUAAAUCUGAAAGCUCAGAAAUAGAUGAGGAGAAGCUCAAUGAUUCCAAGACAGAGCUGCAGAAACGAGGUGCAAAUCAGCAGAAAAAGAGAUCCAAGUCAGGAGCUAAAGGAAAACUCGUGCGGAGUCUUGCUGUGUGUGAAGAGUCAUCCCCUCGCCCGGGAGCAGAAAAUCUUCAUGACAGCCAGGAAUCAAUCCAACUACAGCUUUCAAGUUUUCCUAGCUUGCAAGAAGAAGAUAAAUCUAGUAAAGAUGGCUCCGAGAAAGAAAAAGAGAAGGAUAAAAAUAAAGAUAAAAACAGUGAAAAAAGCAAGAUCAGAAUGUUAUCAAAAGAUUGCAGUCAAGAGUAUACAGACUCAACAGGCAUAGAUUUACAUGAGUUUCUCAUUAACACUUUAAAGAAUAACCCCAGGGACAGAAUGAUACUCCUGAAAAUGGAACAGGAAAUUAUUGAUUUUAUUAGUGACAACAAUAGUCACUAUAAAAAGUUCCCUCAGAUGUCAUCAUAUCAGAGAAUGCUAGUGCACAGAGUGGCAGCUUAUUUUGGAAUGGAUCACAAUGUGGAUCAGACUGGAAAAUCUGUAAUUAUCAACAAGACCAGCAAUACAAGAAUACCAGAGCAAAGGUUUUCUGAACAUUUAAAAGAUGAAAAAGGUGAAGAAUCCCAGAAGCGAUUUAUCUUGAAGCGAGAUAACUCUAGUAUUGAUAAAGAAGACAAUCAGCAAAACAGAAUUCUUCCAUUUAGAGGUGACAGACGAAGUAAAUCAAUUGAAGAGAGAGAAGAGGAGUAUCAGAGAGUGAGGGAGAGAAUAUUUGCACAAGAUUCAGUUUGCUCCCAGGAAAACCUUUUUGUGGAAAACAGUAGGCUCUUGGAAGACAGUAACAUAUGCAAUGAUAUGCAUAAGAAAAGACAGCUGUUUAGGGGUAACAGAGACAGCAUUGGGAAGACAUCUAGCAGUCGGCAGAGCAGUACAGAGAAUGAAUUGAAGUGGACAGACCACCAGAGGCCAUGGAGCAGCACAGACUCGGACAGCUCAAAUCGAAAUUUGAAGCCAGCCAUAACAAAGACAGCCAGUUUUGGUGGGAUAACCGUCCUGACAAGAGGAGAUAGCUCAUCAAGUAACAGAAGUACCGGCAAACUGUCUAAAACAGGUAGCUCAGAGUCUUCCAGCAGUGCUGGCUCCUCGGGAUCACUGUCACGAAUACAUCAGCCUCUCCAAAGUGCGUCUCUCAUACCUAGGGUAACAGCCAAUUCUUCAGGCAGUGUGUCCUACCCUGAGAAUGGGAUGAGUGGCCAGGUGGCCCCCAGCAACACCAGCUAUAUCAUUCUUCCACUUGAAGCUGCAGGGAUACCGCCUGGCAGUAUCCUUCUCAACCCACACACAGGUCAACCAUUUGUAAAUCCUGAUGGAACGCCGGCAAUAUACAAUCCUCCCAGUGGCCAGCAGAUUAUGAGGAGCCAGGUUGUGGGACAGUCUCAGCAGCAGCCUUCACCCCAGCAGCCUCAGCAGGUUCAACAGCCACAGCAGCAAAUAGCAAGUCAUCUUGUCGCACAGCCUGUUCAGACAAUGCAGCCAUCUUCUCAGUCGGUCCAAUAUCCAGCAGUUUCUUAUCCUCCCCAGCAUCUCCUGCCAGUCUCACCAACGCAGCAGUUCUCUGUGCGAGACGACAUGACAGUGCAGUUUAACCAGAUGAGCUUAAGUCGUCAAUCAUCAGGAGACAACCCCGAGUCGCCUUCUGGCUCUGUGUACCCCUCAUCGAUCCUGCAGCAGCCUGCCCAGCAGACAGGUUACAUCAUGGCCUCCCCGAGCCAGCAGCUUCCCCCAGGAGGCUUCACAGGUUCAGGACCACCAGUAUCCCAGCAGGUGCUGCAGCCACCACUGCCACCCCAGGGCUUUGUGCAACAGCCACCACCACCUGCUCAGAUGUCAGUGUAUUAUUACCCAUCUGGUCAGUACCCUACCUCAACAUCUCAACAUUACACACCCAUUGCCUCAGUUCAGUACAACGCACAGCGGAGUCAACAGAUCCCCCAGACUGCCCAGCAAGCAGGUUACCAGCCUGUCCUGCCGAACCAGCAGCAGGGGUUCCAGGGUCUCAUGGGAAUGCAGCAACCGCCCCAAAGCCAGAACCCGAUCAAUAAUCAACAGGGAAAUCAGGUGCAAGGCAUGAUGGUUCAGUAUCCAGGCAUGUCAUCUUAUCAGGUGCCAAUGACCCAGGGUUCUCAGGGAUUGCUGCAACAAUCGUAUCAACAACCAAUUUUGCUACCUAAUCAAUCAGGUCAAGGAACAAUUGCAGCUAAUGGAAUGCCUGUCUACUGUAAUGUCAUGCCUCCUGCCCCACAGAACAAUCUCCGGUUGAUUGCCCCACACUGCCCCUCCAAUAACGUUCCAGUUAUUUCUGCCAGCUGCAGGACAAACUGUGCAAGCAUAAACAAUGCAGGGUGGCAGGUCAAGUACUGA